AUGACAAAGAAAAAGAGUCCAGUUAUAACUGGUGAUGAGUCUGUUAAACAUGGUGCAUAUAGUUUUGAUGAAGGUAAUGCUACGAAAGAGCUAGCUUAUAUGAUUAUCUUACAUGAUUAUCCUUUAUCUAUGGUGGACCACUUGGGUUUUAAGAGGUUUUGCAAUUCAUUGCAACCUUUAUUUAAGAUAAUUUCUAGAAGUACUAUCAAGAGGGAUAUUAUGAAAGUAUUUGAAUGUGAAAAGGGAGAGACCAUGAAGUUGUUGCAAGUGAACAAGAGUAAAAUUGCAAUCACGACUGACAUGUGGAUUAAGGAUAUAAUGACAUAUUGCAAGCUUUCACUUGUGUUAAACGGAGAAUUAUUUCAUAUGCGUUGUUGUGCUCACAUACUUAAUUUGAUAGUUAAGGAUGGAUUGGAUGUGAUUAGGGAUAGUAUUGAGACUAUUCGGAAUAGUGUUUCAUAUUGGUCUUGGACAACAAAAAGAGAGGAAAAAUUUGUUGAGAUAGCUCAACAAAUGAAAAUUAAGUUCUCUAGGAAGUUAGUCCUUGAUUGUAAAACUAAGUGGAACUCGAUGUAUGUGAUGCUUACCACUGCAUUGGUAUAUAAAGAUGUAUUUCCUCGUUUAAAGCAGUGUGAGCCUUCAUAUAAAAAUGUUCCAAGUGAAGAAGAUGGGGCAAAGACUAACAUGAUUGCUGAAAAGUUGGAGAUCUUUCACCAAGUGACUGAGUUAUUUUCUGGGAUCAAGUAUCCCACAUCAAAUCUUUAUUUUCCAAAUGUGUAUCAGAUUAGGAUUGCAAUCUCUAUUCUGGAUCUAAGGUUCAAGAUGAAAUUGAUUGAGUAUUAUUUUUCUCUUAUUUAUAAAGAGAAUGCUUCAUCGGAAAUUGAGAAAGUCUUUGACUUGGCUGUUAAGUUUGUCAAAGAGUAUGAAUUGAAGCAUAGACCUGGGCUUCGGUCUUCUGAAUAUUCUUCUUCAACUGAUUUUCCAUUACAGUCAUGUGAUUUCAGAGUUGGUGAUCCUUUAACAUCUUAUGACCAGUUUGUUAUGGAUUCUACCAUUGGUAAUGAACAAUCUGACUUAGACCUAUAUUUGGGGGAGAAAGUCUUGCCUAGGACUCAAGAUUUUGAUAUAUUGUCGUUGUGGAAGACAAAUGGGAUUAAAUAUCCUAUUUUGCAUCAGAUAGCUCGAGAUACUUUGGCUAUUCUUGUAUCUACAGUAGCUUUAGAGUCUUCAUUUAGUAUUGGUGGUAGGAUUAUUAGUCCACAUCGUAGCCGACUUCAUUCAAGCACAGUGGAAGCACUCAUGUGUUCUCGAGACUGGUUGUGGGGUCAGAUGCGAGAUUCAAACUCUACCCAUGUUGAAGAUUCUUCAUUCGAUGAUGAUACUGAUGUGAAUGUGGCCUCUUUUGGUGACAACGAGUCAAUGAUACUUUGUGAUUGA